UGUUUACAUGAGUGUGAAAUGAAACCUGCUGCUACCUUCUAGUAAACGUGUUGGUUUUGUGUUCGUCACAUAGUUUCAAAAAGCAUUUUUUCGGUAAAGAUGCUGACGAUGGAAGGCUUCACUUGUUUUCCGGGUUUAAUGUGGGACAAGGUACUGUCAAAGGUAAAGAAAGCAAUUGUUUUCAUGGAUGACAGGUGCAGCGAGAGCCUUCACUGGAAUGGUGGAGCAACCAGUUUAUUAGAGGCUGGAGCACGUAACAUUAAGCAGUUUUCUAGCUUUGAGGCUGGAGGAGACAACGAACCCAAGGCUGUGUUCGUCGUUAGCACUCUGCUAAAAGGUAGAACAGCGGACAUCAUUAAAGAUAUCAUUUCCAUGAGCCAUUUUCAGUACUGUGUUAUCUUCACCGCCGUUCCUCACUCUAUUCAUCUCCUUGCUAAUAAUGUCACCACGGAACUUGAGGGUAACCCAGUGUUUGAGCAGUUCGAGGAGAAGCUGUGUGAGUGGAUGGGUGAUAUGAACUACACCGCUGAGGUGAUGCAUGCACCGGUUGUUUUCGCCUCUCUGUCGCAGCAGUUCCUCCUCUCACCCCUCUUCUCACAGCUGUUCCCGUUGCUCCCUUCCGACCUCGAAGCCAUUAACCGAAAACGUACGGAGAAGAAAAGAUUUAGUAGUUUGCUCGAUGUGGACAUUCACUCUCUCCCCCCAGAGUUGCAGAUUCAGAUUAAAUCCUUGGCUUCGGCGUUAAACACCAUGUUUGAAUGCACCAACACACGCGAAGAGAGCUUCGCUGUCGGACCCAUGAGCCGUCUCAUAGCCGGAGAGCUGGCCAAUCAUCCUCAAGCCAAAAACAGAAGAAAGAUGGCCCCCAACAAGGCAUCAAUUGUCUUCAUAGACAGGAUGCUAGACCUAACAGGAGCUGUCGGUCAUCAUGGUGAUAACCUUGUGGAGAAAAUACUGUCUGCCUUGCCUACGUUGCCAGGACACAUGACUGACAUCCAGGUGGACAUGCUGGAGCUGACCAACCUGCAUCGCACCCCAGACAUAGAGGGGGUCCUGGCUCCAGGAUGCCUGGCACAAAACCAUUCAUCGGCGGCGCGGUCGCUCUGGGAGACCAUGCUGGUUGCUAAACAGAAGGAGGCGGUGAUGGAGGUGCGGAGGCAACUGGUGGAGGCGGCCAGCAAGGAGAACCUGCCAAUCAAGAUGGGCCUGGGUCGUGUAACGGCGGAUCAGCUCAGCUCCUACGUCCAGCUCUUUAAGGGGAAGGUGGAGGCUGUGGAGACCCAUGCUGGGGUGCUCCAGCUGGCCCUGGCCACUGCCCAGACGCUCCGUCACCCGGCCCUGCCCCGCUGGGACGCCAGUCUGGCCUUCCAGAGGCUACUGCUGCAGGCUCUUGGAGACUCGGACCUCGCAGCUGUUCUGAAACAGGUUCUGCCCCUGAUCAAGUCGGCCUGCGACUCCAGUCCCGAGGGCUCGGAGGCAGGUUCCGGUUCCGGUUCUGGUCCGGCGGCGCUGGGAGUGGACGAGCUGCUGGGGCUGUUGGUGUUCCUGUACUCGCUGUCGGAGGAGACGCAGCCGUGUGAGGAGGAGGUGCAGGAGCAGGCGGAGAUGGAGCUGAUGGGAGCGCUCACACUGCUCCUCACCAAGCAGACGCAGCUCAGCCCGCUCCUCCAGAGCAUCACCGGAGUGUCGAGCCCUGAGGAGCUGACGAUGGAGCGUGCUCACUCAGCGCUGGAGGGGGUGUUUGAGACGCUGCGGGUGCUGGGACACGCCCGCGAGCACCUGAAGCAGCUGGACUCUGUCUACACGCCCAGCGACGGCGUCCACCAGGCUACGUAUCGGCCAUUUCUGAAGCAGGUUCUCGAUGAGAUCUUCCACCCUGACCGUCCAGAGUGUCCUGAUAUAGAGCACACUUCAGGUCGUCUAACAGACCUCCUUAAGACUGGCUUCAGCAUGUUUAUGAAGGUGAGCAGACCACACCCUAGUGACCAUCCCCUGUUGUUUCUCUUCCUGGUGGGCGGAGUCACUCCCUCGGAGCUACGCCUCAUCCGUGACACAGUGUCCACCCACAGACCAGGCACUCAGGUGCUGGUGCUGUCCACCAGGCUGCUGCGUCCGGCAGACAUCCCUCAGCUGCUCUUCGCUACCGAGAGGCUGGUGCCAGACAUCGGAGUGUAAGCAGUCUGCAGUCAGUCUGCUGUACACACACACAAACACACACACACACACCACACACACACACACACACACACACACACACACACACACACACACACACACACACACACACACAGUAUUUAGACUUGGAUUCAAACUCAUUCUCAUAUUUCCAGCUUUAGCUGCAGAUCUGAUGGCUUUUUGGGUGCCUGUGAUUUCUCUUUGGGAAGCCACACACACACACACACACACACACACACACACACACACACACACACACACACUCGCGCACGCCGCUCUUUCCCUCAUAGUUUCUCACAACAGACUCAAAUGUGGACUCAAACUUCUAACUCAUCCUCAUUUCUCAUCAACUCCAACUCGAUUAGGGCUCUGAUGGCUUCAUGGGUAUCUGUGAAAUUUCCCUAAGGGAACACACUCACACACACACACACACACACACACACACACACACACACACACAUACACACAGUACUUAGUCUUGGACUCCAACUCAUCGUCACGUUCUCAUGCAAGCUCCAGCUCUAAUAGGUUUCUGGGUGCCUGUGGGCUUCUUCCCUGAGGGCUUGAGGAGGCUGCUGGCUGGGCAGGGGUUGUGGUGUGUGCUGGUGGUGAGGACCCACAGGGCGUGCUCUCUGCCUCUCUCCCUCCCCGCUGCGGGCGGCUCUUCAUGUGGCCGCUGGGCCGGGAGCCGCUCCCUGUCAUUGGGCCCGAAAGCGCGGAGCUUCUGCUCUGCCGUCCCACGUCAUAGCCAUAAAUCUGCCCCCGGCUCCUCGGCCACAGCCAUGCUGUACACAUAACUCUAUACACACACACAUGUAUGUACACAUAGCUCUAUACACACACACAUGUAUGUACACAUAGCUCUAUACACACAUUCGUAUAUACACAUAGCUCUACACACACACACAUAUGUAUACAUGUCUCUUUACACACACACAAACACACACACACAUCUACACAUAGCUCCAUACACACACACAGACACAUAUGCAUAUGUGCAUAUGUACACAUGUCUCUACACACACACACACACUCGUAUGUGCUCAUACAUUUGCACACCCGGUCAUGCACACACACACACACACACACAUUCACAUGUGAGCGCACCCUGUUAGUCACACACACACUCACUCAUACACUUCCACAUUUAUUUAUACACUCAUAAACACACAUACUCAUACACACCCACACACAAGAGCAUUUCACACACCCAUACACACACACACACGCACGCACACGCAAACACGUGAACACAGACACACACACUCUGACGUGUGACGUGGAGGAAGAAGACUAGACACAGACACAGGCUCCUGGAGCCAGCAGCUUUAUUAGCGUGCUUCUGGCUGGGCGCGUGUGCAGGCUCUGACCCUUACAGAAAGGCUAAGGCAGCCCUUUCCAGUCAGAGCCCAGUCCUGGAGAACUGACCACUGUGUGGCUGUGAGAGAAACCCAAGGUCCUGUCCCUGGAAAGACCAUCAAAGUUCCAUCUCCAUUCUCCAUCUUCCAAUUCCACCCAGCUUUCAAGCAGUGAGAAAAGAUGGAGUUGGUCAGGAAAUUCAGGAAGUUGUUGGUAAAUGAAGAGGUGCCUGAAUAAGACAAGAAGAACAAGCACGCAGAUGGAUCAACGUACAGCACCAUUCGUGUAGGACAUGAUAUUUGUUCUUUUUGGGUUUUUUUGUUUGUCUCUCUUUCUUUUAAAAACAUAAUUAUUGUCUGUGUUAUUCUUUAACUGCUGUACUCAUUCCUAAUACACUCUGGGCUUAUGGUUCAACCCUUGUUUAGAAUUGUUAUAUCUGUUAUGUUUCCAUAAUAAACUGAAACAUGGUAAUCUCA